UCGACGGCCGCCAUUUUCUUUCUUUCUUAGCAGUUAGCUGAGAGGCAGUCUCUGCAAAGACGCGGUAGCAACCACUUUAAGUUAAUUAUGGCAGACUAUUCAACAGUGCCUCCACCUUCUUCAGGUUCAGCUGGUGGCGGCGGCGGCGGCGGUGGAGGAGUCAACGAUGCUUUCAAAGAUGCGCUGCAGAGAGCCCGGCAGAUUGCAGCAAAAAUUGGAGGUGAUGCUGGUACAUCACUGAAUUCAAAUGAUUAUGGUUAUGGGGGACAAAAAAGGCCUUUGGAAGAUGGAGAUCAACCAGAUGCUAAGAAAGUUGCUCCUCAAAAUGACUCUUUUGGAACACAAUUACCACCGAUGCAUCAACAGCAAAGCAGGUCUGUAAUGACGGAAGAAUACAAAGUUCCAGAUGGAAUGGUUGGAUUCAUAAUUGGCCGAGGAGGUGAACAGAUCUCACGUAUACAACAGGAAUCUGGAUGCAAAAUACAAAUAGCUCCUGAUAGUGGUGGCCUUCCAGAAAGAUCUUGUAUGUUAACUGGAACACCUGAAUCUGUCCAAUCAGCAAAACGGUUACUGGACCAGAUUGUUGAGAAAGGAAGACCAGCCCCUGGAUUCCAUCAUGGUGAUGGACCAGGAAAUGCAGUUCAAGAGAUCAUGAUUCCAGCUAGCAAGGCUGGAUUAGUUAUUGGGAAGGGAGGUGAAACUAUUAAACAACUUCAGGAGCGGGCUGGAGUUAAAAUGGUUAUGAUUCAAGAUGGGCCUCAGAACACCGGUGCUGACAAGCCUCUCAGAAUUACCGGGGACCCAUACAAAGUUCAACAAGCCAAGGAAAUGGUGUUAGAGUUAAUUCGUGAUCAAGGUGGUUUCAGAGAAGUUCGAAAUGAGUAUGGGUCAAGAAUAGGAGGAAAUGAAGGGAUUGACGUUCCCAUUCCAAGAUUUGCUGUUGGCAUUGUAAUAGGAAGGAAUGGAGAGAUGAUAAAAAAAAUACAAAAUGAUGCUGGUGUUCGGAUUCAGUUUAAACCAGAUGAUGGAACAACACCUGACAGAAUAGCACAAAUAACAGGACCUCCAGACCGAUGUCAGCAUGCUGCAGAAAUUAUUACAGACCUCCUUCGAAGUGUUCAGGCGGGUAAUCCUGGUGGGCCUGGACCUGGUGGUCGAGGAAGAGGCCGAGGUCAAGGCAAUUGGAACAUGGGACCACCUGGUGGACUACAAGAGUUUAAUUUCAUUGUACCAACUGGAAAAACUGGAUUGAUUAUAGGAAAAGGAGGUGAAACUAUAAAAAGCAUAAGUCAACAGUCUGGAGCAAGAAUAGAACUUCAGAGAAAUCCUCCACCAAAUGCAGAUCCUAAUAUGAAGUUAUUUACAAUUCGUGGCACUCCACAACAAAUAGAUUAUGCUCGACAGCUCAUAGAAGAAAAGAUUGGUGGCCCAGUAAAUCCUUUAGGACCACCUGUACCCCAUGGACCACAUGGUGUCCCAGGCCCUCAUGGGCCACCUGGGCCUCCAGGUCCUGGAACUCCAAUGGGGCCAUACAAUCCUGCUCCUUAUAAUCCAGGACCACCUGGCCCAGCUCCUCAUGGCCCUCCAGCCCCAUAUGCCCCUCAGGGGUGGGGAAAUGCAUAUCCACAUUGGCAGCAACAGGCUCCUCCUGAUCCAGCUAAAGCAGGAACAGAUCCAAAUUCAGCAGCCUGGGCUGCAUAUUAUGCUCACUACUAUCAGCAGCAAGCACAACCACCACCUGCAGCUCCUACAGGUGCACCAACUACAACCCAAACUAAUGGACAAGGAGAUCAGCAAAAUCCAGCUCCAGCUGGACAGGUUGAUUAUACCAAGGCUUGGGAAGAAUACUACAAGAAAAUGGGUCAAGCAGUUCCUGCUCCUACUGGGGCCCCUCCAGGUGGUCAGCCAGAUUAUAGUGCAGCCUGGGCUGAGUACUAUAGACAACAAGCAGCCUACUAUGCCCAGACAAGUCCACAGGGAAUGCCACAGCAUCCUCCAGCACCUCAGGGCCAAUAAUAAGAAGUGGACAAUACAGUAUUUGCUUCAUUGUGUGGGGGAAAAAAACCUUUGUUAAAUAUAUGGAUGCAGACGACUUGAUGAAGAUCUUAAUUUUGUUUUUGGUUUAAAAAAAAAUAGUGUUUUUUUUUGUUGUUUUUUUAUUUUGUUUUGUUUUUUUAUUUGUUUUUUUGAAAAUGUACAAAAUAUCUAUCACUACUGAUAGGAGGUUAAUAUUUCUGUGUAGAAAUGAAAAUUGGUUUGUUUUUAGUAUUUAGUGUAGAUGUACACAUUCCAGCAAAUGUAUUUGCAACUAUUAUGUGGUCGAUGCUUUGUGAUAUAAAUGUACUUUUUUCAAUGUAUACUUUCACUUUUAAAAUGCCUGUUUUGUGCUUUACAAUAAAUGAUAUGAAACCUCCUGUGUCGGUAAGUUGGAUAUGUGGGUAAUUUAAAGGAUUCAUAAUUUCUUAGCAAUGAUAAGAUACAUAUACACAAAUAUAUAAGCUUUCCCCAUGGAAUAUUAAUUGAGUUUUUAAACACUGGUAUGUUUUUUCCCCGUUGCAGUAUAGUAGUAGAUUGGAGGAUCUUUUCCAUUUAUUGUAUUUGGCUGUCUCAGCACAAGUAAUCCUGUGAUCUCUUCAUUUUUUUUCCCUUCAGUUUGGUUAAAAACUGCAUGUGUAUACAAUGAUCUUUUGGCAAACUUCCAUUGCAUUAACAGUGAAAUUUCCUUUUAUACAAGACCACUGUUUCAGACCUGUACUGCUGCUAUAACAGUUAACCUUUUCUAUUCUUAAUUUGAUAAUUACGUUAUUUCCAAGACUGUUUCAGCAAAACUAAUUUUAAACAGUUUUCGGAUAGUGAAUAUGAGUAGUAUAAUAAGAAGAGUUGGUUUUUUGUUUUGAUUUGUUUUUCUUGUAAAGCAGUUCUUUCAAUGUGUACAA